AUGUCGGCCGACGAUAUACUAGUGUCGGGAAUGAGCGGUCGGUUCCCCCUCUCGGCCAACACCGACGAGUUCGCGAGGAAUCUGUUCGAUGGCAUCGAUAUGGUUACCGAUGAUGACAGUCGAUGGCCAAUGGGUUUAUACGAUAUAUCGAACCGAAUGGGAAAGAUUGAUGACUACAAGCAUUUUGAUUCGUCAUUCUUCGGGCUCAUGGAUCAGAUGGUGGACGUGAUUGACCCCCAGUCCCGCAUGCUUUUGGAGACAUCGUAUGAGGCCAUGUUGGACGCCGGUUUUAAUCCGCAAGCAUUACGUGGCAGUAGGACAGGCGUGUACGUGGGUGUGUCCCAGUACGCCAUGACCGAUGGUUACCCGGAGGACGUACAGCCUGACUCCUGGGAGUCUGUGCGGACAAUAAUGUUGCAGAUCCUGUUAAACAUGAAGACCUUCUACGCCAGCCGUAUAUCCUUUUCCAACGACUUCAAGGGUCCGUCGAUGAUCGUGGACACCGCCUGCUCGGCCAGUCUCAGUGCAAUGUGUCUGGCCUAUAACGACCUCAAACUCGGUUAUACGGAUUCGGCCAUAGUGUGCGGCACUCAUAUGGUGUUCGAGCCGUUCAUAAACCAAUACCAACAGGAGAUGUCUCUGUGUUCACCCCGGGGUGUGUCGGCCGUCUUGGACCAGGAGGCGGACGGUUACGUGAAAGCAGAGGCCGUGUGCUGUCUAUUCCUACAGCGACGCCGGGAUGCGCGCCGUAACUACGCCCUCGUACGCAGUGCUCGUAUGAAUGUGGACGGACACAAAAAGAUGGGAAUGUUUUACCCGUCCAGUGAGGCACAAGAACAGCUUAUGAGGAUGUCACACGAGGAUGCUAAAAUUGACCCACGUGAUAUGACCUAUUUUGAAUGUCACGCCACCGGGACUAAGAUCGGAGAUCCACAGGAAAUCAAAGCCAUUUACAAUGUCUAUUGUAAGUCCACGGGACGUACGGAUCCCUUGCCUAUAGGGGUGCUGAAGAGCAAUAUGGGUCACGCGGAGGCCGGUUCAGGGGUCGCGUCGGUCAUCAAGAUAUUGAUAGCCUAUGAGAACGAAUGCAUUCCUCCGAACAUUAACCUCAAUACUAUUAAGGAUCAAAUCGCUCAGUAUUUCCCACCAUUGUUGGCAAUCAGGGAAAAAUACUUUUAUCAGCCAGAAAACCAUGAAAUACGAUACGAAUACAAGAAACAGAUGGGAGUUAUGAAAGGCAAGAGUUUGAGACCCCUUUGGCUACUGUUCCCCGGUUUGGGCGGACAAUGGCCUGCAAUGGCUAAGGCUUUGAUGCCAAUCAAGAUUUUCGCCGAUAAAAUGGGAGUUAUGAAAGGAAAGAGUUUGAGACCUCUUUGGCUACUGUUCCCCGGUUUGGGCGGACAAUGGCCUGCAAUGGCUAAGGCUUUGAUGCCAAUCAAGAUAUUCGCCGAUAAAGUGGAGAAAUGCCAUCAGAUUUUGGCUGAAUUUGGUGUUGACUUAAAGAAGCUGUUGUUAUCUGAAGAUAAGUCUCUGAUGUCGACAAUGACUGCGAAGUUCUGUUCGACGACUGCUAUAGAAAUAGCUUUGUAUGAAGUGAUGAAAGCCAUAGACAUCACACCCGACGGCAUAAUCGGCCACUCGUUUGGUGAGAUCGCCUGCGCUUACGCUGACGGAUGUCUGUCCACAAGGGAUGCUAUGAUUGUCGCCUACUUNCAUCACACCCGACGGCAUAAUCGGCCACUCGUUUGGGAUGCUAUGAUUGUCGUCUACUUUAGAGGUUUUUUCACUGAAAACGAUAAGAAAAUACCGAAGGGUUUGAUGGCAGCCGUAGGUCUCACUAAGGCUGAGGCAAAGAGGUUGUGUCCAAAAGGGGUUCUAAUCGCGUGCCAUAACUCAAAGGAUAAUGUAGUUGUUUCCGGUCCCAUAAAAGAAAUGAAAGAAAUGAUUAAAACAUUGGAAGAAAAGGCAGUAUUUGUGAGACAACUACAGAGCUGUGAAAUCCCAUAUCAUUCACAAUAUCUCAUAUCCAGUGCACAGCCUAUGACUGACGCCAUCAAGAAAUACAUACCAAACCCUAAACUUAGGUCCAGGAAAUGGAUCUCUACUUCCAUAAUAAACUCAAACAAUAUUGACGACUCUCUGAAAUAUGCAUCAGGGGAAUAUUUUGUAUACAACCUAAUGAACCCGGUUAAUUUCUACAAUAAAUUCAAGGAACUACCGUCGGAUGCGGUCAUCCUAGAGAUAGGUCCGCAUUCAUUGUUUCAGAAAGUAGUGACCGAAACCCUUCCCAACUCUACGUACGUAUUGCUCAUUAAAAAGGACUCAAACGAUACAAAUCUGGAUAUGUUUUUGUCCGGAUUGGCAACACUUUACGAAUUGGGUUACAAUCUGUCGAUCGAUAAACUCUACCCCCGGGUGGAGUGGCCGGUGGCUCGCAAUACUCAGUCCAUUAACGAGUUCGUAGUGUUGGAGAACGACAACGUGUGUGUCGUGGGUCGGGUGCGAUCACCAGAUGACGAGGUAUUACUGCAACAAAACAAGAUAUACGACAAACAGAUCCACUCCCUGUCCGACAAGAAGUACACUUUAGAGCGCAAAGACAUCUACAAAGAGUUGGGUGUUUUGGGUCUCGAUUACGGACCGGAGUUUCAACGACUGCGCAAAGUCGGCACAAAUGACUUCAAAGAGAUAUACGGCGUAAACGAGUGGACCGGCAAUUGGAUCGCAUAUAUGGACGCACUCUUGCAGUCCAUGGCAUUGGGCGCACCGUUCCGUAAGCUAAUGGUGCCGGUGAUGAUACGAGCCCUACGGGUCGACCCCCGGGUACUGUUCGAGGGACUCCGCAAAAAUCGUAAUACGACGGCACCGGUAGCGGUACAGAAAGAGGAGGCAGUCCCAAACACGCCAAGUGAUCCGAUCGGAGCAGCAACUGAAGUGGGUGAAUUAUUGAAUGUCGAUGUGUCUGAUGUCAUGGAAUUAUAUACGACUGAACUGAGCAGACUAUACGAAAGGUACGCCGUAUUCUCGGCUGAUAUGCCCUUUUACUUCAACGCUAAAUCCAAACGUCUGGUCACUCAUGGCAUCGAAGUGGAGGAUAUCAUGGCGUUCCCCAUACCGAGACGUGCGGAUACCAUGGAUCUGGUGACCGACACGUAUGAGUUUUGCGCCAAUGAAGACCUGGAGGCUAUCGAGCCGUUAGAAAGACAAUUGUUGACGGAUUAUGUGGAGGUUUGCAAAGCAAUGGCGGCUAAAGUGAAACAAAUGGGUUUCAAACAAAUGAAAUGCGAUUUCAAUUACCAAUCGAUUAGCGAUGAAGUGAUACUCGAGUAUAGAAAUGGAAACAAUGAAAAUCACGUUAUGUUUCGUAUAUUUGAUAAAAUAUUGUCAGAAUUGGUGGACGAAAGCAAAACUAUCAAAAUCGAGGCCACUAUGAGUAAAGUGUUGAAUGAGAUCCACGACAACCCUGAAUACGAUUUGAGUAAAGACUUAGUAAAUCAUAUCUCAAAGAAUGAGCGACUGAUCCGAACUCUCGUGGAUAUGGUUUCGGAAAAUUUUGUCACAACUAAUGACUUGAAGAUAACUGAAAUCAACUUAAGCGGUGAUGUAUUGGCCAAAGAUGUGGACCACUUAUUGACUCAAUUCCGUAUCAUUCCCUUCAAUACGGAUUACAAACUGAUAGUGAAGUCCAAAGAGAAUGUGAACGAAGUCUUCAGAAAUAAUGCCACGGAAUGGGAUGUAAAGGAAAGCCUAACACUAAAACCGUCACAUUUGGUGAUAAUGAGAGACACACCGGACUUAUGGCAUAAAGACUUGAAUGGAUUCAUACAAGACAUGUCCGACAAUAUACAGGAAAAGGGUUUCCUAUUAACGGUAUUCCGCUAUAAGUUUACGGAACCGGAGAUGGCGUUGAACUCAUUGAACGGAAAGGCUGUUCUCAAUAAUACAGACCUCGAGAAUCGAACAGUAGCCCUAUUAUUCAGACAAAUCGUGGACACACCUAAAAUUCCCGAUCAAACAGAUGUUAUAAAUGUUACGUUGGAUUACAAUCAAUGGUUUGGAGUAUUGCAGGAAAAACUGAUUACCGCUAAGGAUGCGGACAAUAAGACGGAUAACGAAAAGUUGAUUACCGCUAAGGAUGCGGACAAUAAGACGGAUAACAUAUGGCUGACAGCAAACACGUCGUCUAUUAACGGUAUAAUAGGUCUCAUGAAUUGUGUCCGAUUAGAACCGGGAGGAGAGAACAGCCGUUAUAUUUUCAAUUAUGACAACAAUAGUGAGAAAAUAGACUUUAAUGUCAGCCCUUAUAGGGAAAUACUGGCCAACGAUUUGGUGGCGAAUGUGAUCAGAGAUGGAAAAGUAGGAACUUAUCGACACUUAAAACUACCCAAAGAUUGCGAUAAAGUGCUGACAAACGAGUAUUACUUGAAUUUGGGACAAACUAGAGAUUUAGCGGCACUUCAAUGGUAUGACUUGAGGACUAUAGUCCCGCCUAAGGAACAGUACGACUUUAUGGGCAACAAAGUUACCAAGCAUAAAAUUAAUAUAUACAGCACUGGCAUUUCAUUUCACGACGUUAUGCUCGCCACAGGUCGCAUACCUUCCGGUCCGGAAGUCAUAUUCACUGACUGUACGAUCGGCGGUGAGUUUGCCGGCCGUCGUAUAGACACCGGUGAGAGGGUUAUGGGUAUGGAAGCGGGCCGUUGUUUCGCCACUUCUACCUACUGUUCAACACACGGCAUGACUCGCAUACCGGAGCACUGGUCUAUGGACGACGCCGUGUCUAUACUCAGUACAUACAGUACCGCCUAUUAUGGACUCAUUCAAAAGGGUAGACUAAGGAAAGGCGAAAGUAUUUUAAUUCAUUCGGCGGCGGGAGGCGUGGGUCAGGCGGCCAUUAAUAUCGCCAAAUACUAUGAGUGCGAUAUCUUUGUGACGGUCGGGACGGAAGACAAGAGAGUAUUCAUUGAGAGGGAGUAUAACAUACCGACGAACAGGAUAUUCAACUCCAGAGACAUACUCUUCAAGAAUCAGAUAAUGGAGAUAACAGAGGGUCGGGGCGUAGAUGUGGUGCUGAACUCACUGUCGGGCGAGAAACUGGAUGCGAGCUACGAAUGUGUGGCCAACCAUGGUCGGUUUAUAGAAAUGGGCAAAUUUGACAUGCUGCAAAAUAAGAAGCUGGGUAUGUUUGAUUUCAUACGGAGUGUCAACUUUAUACCCGUGGCGAUCGAUCUCGUCCUCGUCGAUGACAUCGAAUUUUUGCCUGAGUUUUACGAAUGGGUUCACAAAAACUGUGGACCGGGAGGUUGCGUCCGACCCAUCAAUCAGACAACUUUCAAGGCUACCGACGCCGAAAAGGCUUUCCGGUAUAUGACAACUGGCAAACACACGGGUAAAAUCAUAUUGAAGAUGAGAGAUGAGGAGACCGAUAGGCGAUUCCUUAGAGCACAGAAACCUUUGCCCGAAAUUAAAGCUCAGGCGAAGACAUACUUCGAUCCAAACAAAGUCUAUAUAAUCGCUGGCGGACUCGGAGGGUUUGGUAUGGAACUCAUACCAUGGAUGCAAUACUACGGCGCCCGUAGGUUUGUGGUCACCUCGAGGGCGGGCAUAAAGACCGAUUACCAGAAGUUUGUGUUCAAUCGAUUCCAUGAAGUCUGGAAGGAUUACAAGUUUUUUGAGUCCCAAUGGAUUGUCUCGACUGCCGAUGGGUUUACCAUUGAAGGCACACAACAACUGUUAAAAGAGACUCAAGAGUUGGGACCCAUUGGAGGGGUAUUUCAUUUGGCGCUUGAUUUGAAUGACUGUUUGAUAGAGAAGUUAACGUUUGAUAAGUUUUGUUCGUCUAUUGAUACCAAACAUAAGAUUUUCACGAAUUUGGAUCAAUUGACUCGCAAAUUGAAUUACAAUUUGGAUUAUUUUGUAAUUUUCUCGUCCGUCGCGUGUGGAAAGGGAAACGGAGGUCAGUCUAACUACUCGUUCGGUAACUCUAUUUGCGAGCGAAUAUGCGAACAAAGACGACGGGACGGACUACACGGACUGGCCAUACAGUACGGACCGGUCGGCGAUGUGGGAGUGUUUGCAGGUAUGGAUAAGUUGUUACAAUUCGCGUCGUUCAGGAAACAGCGGAUCAACUCGUGUUGCGAUGUUUUGGACAAACUGUUAGCAAUUAAACAACCGAUCGUCACCUCAUUUGUUAAAAUGGAUUUGACUAAAGGUGAAUCAGGCGGCCGACAAAAGCGAAUGAUCAAGGAGCUAUGGCGAGCACUGGGCAUUGAUCCGGAUAACACCCCCAACCACCUAACCCUGGGUGAAAUUGGUAUUGAGUCCAUGUUCGCCGUAGAGUUACAACAGGAAUUGGAGAGAGAGUGGAAUAUGAAGGUGACUCUAAACCAGGUCAAGAGUAUUACGAUCGGUAUGUUAAAGGACUACGAGGCCGGCAAUAUUGGAGAGAUUAAAAAACAUUUGGAUGAUAUAAAACGGGCCAAGGCAAGUUUGCUCAAAAUGAGAUUCUUGAUUCCCACCGAAACGCAUACCCGACUGAAUAGCGUGCAAAAAGGGACACCGGUUUACAUGAUGCCGCCCAUUGAGGUCAACUUUGCCGCCAUGGAUGAACUGGUUCAAAAAAUUAACCGACCGGUGAUCGGACUAAACUGGACCCGGGAGGUGAGCCAACUGACCACGCUCAAAGAGGUGAGCGAGUAUUACGUCACGUUGCUAAGGGAACUGGAGCCGAGUGGUCAGUACGAUGUGUUGGGCUAUUUUGAUGGCGCCAUCAUUUGCUCAAAACUUUUGCGCAAACAAAUGGCCGCCAAAGCGGUCAUCGUUGACGUCAUUAACGACUCCCGUUUCCGCGAGGACUGUCACACCGAUGAUGACUUGCUGGACAUGUUGCUACUAUUUAUGUCGAAAGAGAUACCAGGCUCAUUUAAGGACAAAAUACAGCGUGAGAUUAAAAGGGAACCGGAUAUGAAGGCCAAAGUGAAGUUAAUUAUCAAUGAGAUCGUGGACUUCGCCGGCAAAGGACUGGUGGUCACAGAUAUGGAGGAAAUGUUUCACAUAAUGAUCGCUCGGAUUCGUAUGCUAUCGGAGUAUAGACUCAAUAAACGCAAGAAGUUUUCAAAUCGUCUGAAACUCGAGAUCGGAAAGAAAUGGGCGAAAAGGACGGGGAAAUUAAUUUUGAUUAAACCAUUUCGAUUCGAUUCGGUGGACGAUAUCGAAGCUUUUCUCGAUAUGUCCAGGGACAUGUACUUCCUGCCAGCAAACGAUGUAAGGCUUAAUAUGUUUAUGUGC